UUGCCUCUCUUAUCUUUGUCAUUGUAUUAUUUUUGUGGAGCCGAGGUUUCACCACCAUGUUUUUUAUUGUUUUGCAGACGUCUUCACCCUGUUGACGACCGUACCUGCUGAAAAUAAGGUCUUCACCACGAUGGAUCCAACCACGGACAGAAACAUGAAGUGGGUGCCUGGCUUUGGAGCAAUGCUAUUGGUACUCUUGAGUCACGUGACUUCAGCACUAGAAGUGCCUCUUGAUCCCAAAGUACUUGAAGGAUUGCCCCAACCCCCCACUAUAACACUACAGUCCCCGAAGGAUUAUAUCUUUGAUCCACGGGAGAACAUCGUCAUCCACUGUGAGGCCAAGGGGAAGCCGAAUCCCAGCUUCUCCUGGACAAGAAACGGCACACACUUCGAUGUCGAGAAAGACUCCAAAGUCCUGAUGAAGCCCGGUUCAGGAACUCUCGUCAUCGACAUCAGUGGCGAAAAGGCCGAGGCUUACGAGGGAACAUAUCAGUGCACAGCCCAUAAUGAGCAUGGCACCGCUGUAUCCAACAACAUCGUCAUCAGACAGUCCAGGUCCCCCCUGUGGUCAAAGGAGAGAAAUGAAGCCAUCACUGUGCAGAUGGGGGUCUCCCUGGUGCUGCAGUGCCGGCCCCCUGCUGGGCUGCCCCCUCCUGUCAUCUUCUGGAUGGAUAACAAUUUUCAGAAGCUGCAGCUGGACCAACGAGUGUCCCAGGCUCUGAAUGGCGAUUUGUACUUUUCCAACGUUCUCCGAGAAGACACCAGGAGCGACUACAUCUGCUACGCCCGCUUCCCCCACACGCAGACGAUCCAGCAGAAACAGCCCAUCUCUGUCACCGUGCUCGACAACAGCCCAGAGGGGGUGCGCCGUCCAGGGUUCAUGAUGCCUCUGGGCCCCACCAGUACCAAGAUGGUCUUGAGAGGAGAGACUCUGGAGCUGGAGUGCAUCGCAGAGGGCUUGCCCACUCCAGAGAUGUCGUGGCAGAAGGACGGAGGUGAGCUGCCGAGCAGCAGGACGUCCUUUGAGAACUUCAAGAAAACGCUGAAGAUUUCUGACGUGAAUGAAGCAGAUGGAGGCAACUACCGCUGUACGGCCGCAAACAACCUGGGCACCGUACACCACAUCAUCAAGGUCACUGUCAAAGCGGCUCCUUUCUGGGUCAGCGCUCCCAGGAACCUGGUACUCGCCCCGAAUGAGACCGGCAUCCUGACCUGCCGCGUCAGUGGAGAACCCAAACCUAAAAUCAGCUGGUUUGUCAACGGAGUCCCCAUAGAAAAUGCUCCUGAGGACCACACUCGCAAGGUGGAUGACGACACUGUGAUUCUCAGUAAUGUGCAGUCAGGAUCCAGCGCCGUCUACCAGUGCAACGCAUCCAAUGAGUUUGGCUACCUGAUGGCCAACGCGUUCGUCAGUGUUCUCGCUGAAGCACCGAGAGUGCUCACUCCCCCCAACCAAGUGUACCAGGUCAUCACCAACAACCCUGCACUGCUUCACUGUUCCUCCUUUGGCUCACCAAUACCAACCAUCACAUGGUUCAAAGACAGUCAGAUCAGCAUAAAAAAUGGCGACCUAUAUGUGAUCCAUGAGAACGGCACACUGGAGAUCCACGUGGCCCAGUCGCUAAACAGCGGGAAGUACACCUGCAUUGCCACCAACAACUUGGGGAUCAAGGAGAACCACGUUUUCCUGGAGGUUAAAGAGUCAACUCGUAUCCUGAAGCAGCCAGAGUACAAGGUGGUGCAGAGAGGAAUGAGUGCUGUGUUCGAGUGUAAAGUCAAACACGACCCCUCCCUCGUUCCCACCAUGACUUGGCUCAAAGACAGUGGAGAACUGCCAGAUGACGAGAGGUUUGAGGUGGACACAGAUAGUCUGACCAUCAAACAUGUGACUGAUGAAGACGAGGGGACCUACACCUGCAUCAUGAACACGACCCUGGACCAUGACUCUGCCAGUGCCAUGCUGACUGUUGUCGAGGCAACGCCCACUCCGGCUAUUGUCUACGAAAAACCCGACCCUCCGACCGACCUGGAACUGACCGACCAGACGGACAGGAGUGUUCAACUCAGCUGGAUCCCUGGAGACGAUCACAACAGUCCCACAGAGAAGUUUUUGAUCCAAUACGAGGAUCUGCUUCACCAGCCGGGACUGUGGAUCAACCUGACCGACGUUGGGGGCACCAGCACAACAGCCCAGUUAAACCUUUCCCCGUUCGUCUACUACUCUUUUAGAGUGUUGGCUCAGAAUCCUGUGGGCUACAGCAGCCCCAGCCAGCCCUCGCGCCAAUAUAGGACCAACCCUGCAGCUCCUGAUGAAAAUCCAUCAGAUGUUCGGGGAGUGGGAACAGAGUCUGAUAACCUGGUCAUCUCCUGGACACCACUGACUGGGUUCCAGUCCAAUGGUCCUGGUUUGGAGUACAAAGUGCUGUGGAGACAGAAGGACAUGGACGGGGACUGGUUGUCGAAGAACGUGGCCAACGUCUCACAUUUUGUUGUGACAGGAAUCCCAACAUUUGUGCCAUUUGAAAUUAAAGUUCAAGCCAUGAACGAUUACGGCAGCGGACCUGAGCCCGAAGUGUUCAUUGGGCACUCAGGAGAAGACUUGCCGCUGUCUGCUCCUGAGAGUGUUCAGGUCAUGGUUCAUAACAGCACACUAGCAGAAGUGCAUUGGGAGCCUGUGUCUUUCCCUUCAGUAAGAGGGAAACUACAGGGAUACAAGGUGUACUAUCAUCGCGAGCGUGGCUUGCAUGAGACAGAGAAGAUGAUGGAUGAGGAGGAGCAGGUUUUGACGUUCAGCGGGAACCGUAGUGAGGGGCGUCUGCCAGGCCUGCAGCCUUACAGCCUCUACAAACUCUUCAUCAGGGUCAUUAAUAGCAAAGGAGAGGGGCCACAGAGCCCCAGCAAGACGUUUGAGACACCCGAGGGAGUCCCAGGUCCUCCUUCUUUUCUGAAAGUCCUCAACCCCAGUCUGGACUCUCUCACCCUGGAGUGGGGCCCACCAAUGAACAAUAACGGACGCCUUGCUGGAUAUACACUAAAGUACCAACCAGUCAACACCACCAAUGAACUGGGACCAGUCAAGGUCAUGACGCUCAUGGCCAACGAGACCACGAUCACCCUGAGCAACCUGAACUCCAGCAUGCUCUACAAGUUUUACUUAAGUGCAAAGACAAUCAAAGGUUCUGGCCCCAUCAUCACAGAAGAAGCAUUCACAGUCAUGGACACAGCUCAUACUCAGCCCCCUGUAGACAAGGGCAAAGGCCCCACAGAGCCCCCUCACCCAACUUCCCCCAUCACUCAGUCUCUGCCUCCCCCGUUUCACAAGGCGCCUCCUGUAGGCCCUGCGUUUGGCACUGUUAACACGUCUGUAUCGGAGGAUGGUGCGGCGAUCAGUUGGGAAUACUUUGGACACCAUAAGAAUGUAUUUGUGGAAUAUAUUGUAGAAAACAGUAAAGAGGACUGGAAAAAGGAGUUGGUAAACAGUUCACACUCUCAUAUGAUAAAAGGUUUGAAGCCAGGGACGUCCUAUAGAGUGCGUGUGGUCGCUAGAGACCCGGCUGACCCGACGGUCCACAGCACAGACGAAGUGUUGGUUACGGUUCCAGCCGUGCCCAGCCGACAGGUCGACAUCGCCACCCAGGGCUGGUUUAUUGGACUCAUGUGUGCUAUCGCUCUCCUCAUCUUGGUCCUCCUCAUAGUGUGCUUCAUCAAGAGGAACAAAGGUGGCAAAUAUCCAGUGAAAGAAAAAGAAGAUGCUCACCAAGACCCUGAGAUACAACCUAUGAAAGAGGACGAUGGGACAUUUGGAGAAUACAGUGACACAGAGGACCACAAGCCGCUGAAGGGCAGCCGGACACCGUCCAAUGGGACGGUGCGCCGUGACGAGAGCGACGACAGCCUGGUGGACUAUGGGGAGGGCGGGGACGGACAGUUCAAUGAGGACGGCUCCUUCAUCGGCCAAUACAGUGGCAAGAAAGAGAAAGACACGCACGAAGGCAACGAGAGCUCAGAGGCACCUUCGCCCGUCAAUGCCAUGAACUCGUUUGUCUAAGGGAGGGGCCACCUCCCGAUUGCGACAGUUGCUGCUGCUGCUUCUUGUCACCCUGGCAAAUGUGACCAUCUCUAUGGUGACAGUUGCUAAGGUGACGGUCGCGGUGGACGUUUUUUACCAUGCUGACGCGCCCUCAUCUCCACACCUGCCAACAACCCCUGUCACACUGGGACAUCCUCCGAUCAACACACACUCAGCAGAGACCAACCACACAUCCCCCAUGACCACUGGAGGACGGCAUGAAGCGAGGGAUGUGAGGAAAAGAGGGGUGGGGGGGGGAGAGGAAGCAAUAAGGAAGAGCAGAAGGAAUGUACAAGAAGGAGCAUUACCACUCAGACUGAGCAGGGGUUUGGCAGUGUGUGUGUGUUAGUGCCAUUUAAUCUCCUUUUCAAACACACUUAACUUGAUAAAUCCAAAUAUAUAUUUAAUCAAAUUCCCACAGACAGGAGAAUAUGCAUUGACUCACAUUCACAAACAUCUGCAUGGCAGCAUUUUAUCCUCAUCCUGUCACUUGAUGCACUUGUUGACUGUAUAUAAAGAUGAACGGCAUGACUGCUCGCCUAAAGUGAAGCCAAAGUGUCUCAAUCGCCAUCUGGUGACUGGCUGCAGUAUAUGUCAUAAACCCCACCUCCUCCACGUUAGUGGAUGGGACAUGAGCAAAACAAAAAAUUUGAAGUAAACAUCAAAUAAAUUUUUCUCAAAGGUGAAUCUGUCACUUCAGACAUGUUUGUCCAAGUGUUCAUUUUGCCAGUAAGUUUUGUUUUAAUUAGUUAUUUUAUGCUAUAAAUACAGGGAGAAACAUCAAGAUUGAGAGCUGAGACUGACUCGUAAUUGGUCGAGCGUGUGUUUCAGUGGGACCUUGCUACCACAGCUCCAUUCCCUGAUUGCAAAUCGAGAUAUCUAGAUAUUUUAGCUUCAUUUCUGGAUUGUGGGAGGAAGGGAGAUGCAUAAUAUACAGUUGAUGGUGCACACCUCCUCGUGACAGGAUUUUAUUUGUGUUAAAUGGCAUCUGAUAUACAGAAAAUGAUUAGCAGCGGUGUCUUUGUGGACACUGCAACUCAUAGUAGAAGCUAGAAUGUCUUUUUGAGAUGGAUGAACUGUUUGUACAUAUGUAAUUGAAUAAGAAAAAAUGUUAUAUUUCGAGGUCAGGGAUGUCCAUUUGCAGUCAUUGGAAACCUGUUUAGAAACACUUUGAACUCAGUUGUUGGGUCACUCCUCACACCAGCCAACCACAACUCUCACACUGAUUUGAACUUUUUUAUCCUCAUGUUUUUUUUCAUCCUGGACACUGUGUAAGCCUGUGUUUAAGGCAAUCAUGGUACUGUCCAAAACUGCUAUCCCAGCAAUCUCUGAUAGCAUCUCUUCUCCUGUUUCUGUUACAUGCACUGGCAGAAAAGAGAGAAAAGCGAAUUGCAUGUAGAGGUUCACUGAGAGUACACAUGGUAGUUUCCAAGUAUUUAGAUGUUGAUGAUCAAGAACCUGUUAGCAUGGUUUCUAGUGCCUUUGUAGAGAACAGUGACUUAGAUCCAUAGCUACACACCUCUUCUUGCACAGUCCAUGAACGCAACACAGAAAAAUACCAUCCCACUAUACUUAAAUGGCGGUUGCAGAGGCUGCGUGAGUAUUCAAAGCAUUCACGGAAAACAAGCUCCACAGGAUUUUGGUGAUAUUGGAGAGUUUCAUUAUUAAGGUUCAUUUAUGCUGACGUUAGAUAAAGAUACAGAUGGAGCUUUCUAUUCAACGUUAAUUUUGUCCAUAUUUGUGCACGUCUUCUGAAAUCUUAUGAAGACAGACAAAACAGACAAAUUGGAGCCGUAACACCAGAAAUUGUGAGGGGUUGUAGCCAAUAGUUCAAGCGAGACGACCAUAGGACAUUAGGAAGAAAUGUACUAAUUUCACAAAGAUCUGUCUGUAUAUGGAACACAUAUUGGCUUUGCAUUGAGCAUGUCUAUUGUAAAUUGCUGUCAGUGAGACAGGGUAGCAUGCCUUCAGUCUUUAGACCAGGUUGAACAUGUCUUUUUCCACGUCCUUGGAUAAGCUACAGUAGCCGGCAACUGGCGGCCUGCGGCCAAUGAGGUCUGUCCCACCAGGUCAUUUUGAUAAUUUGAUUCUUUUAUUUCACCAGAGCAGACUGAGACACAGACGAGUGGACCCACGACAGGUGUUGAUCUCCAUCAUGGCAACAGCAUUCACUGAAUCAUUUCCUCUUUGGCAAUUUGUUAAUAAAGCAAAAGCACAACGUUCGUUUUGUUGCUGCAAUGCUUUAUACUGAGGAGAAUUAUUGAGCUUUUAUUUUUAAAAGUUGUGAACUUUAUGUCGUUUGCUAUAAGGACUUCUGAUAUAGCCAACAUGUAUGAAAAAAAUAGUAGUUGAGUAAUUCAUUCAAACUUAUUUUGAAUUGGGAACAUUAUUGAAGCUAAUUCAGUUUUAUUUUAUGAAAAACAUUGACUAUAAAAUUGCAGUUUUCAGAGUGAAGUUUUCUAACUUCACUCUGCACUGUAGACUGUCAAUAAAAAAAACUGCACACAACGUCCAGCACACACAUUAUAAAAAAUUGUCAGUAUAUUGUAGAACUGUUUGAGGAGGACUCAGUGAUGACAAGGUACAAUUCUGAAGUAGACUCUGGGGCAAUAACACAGGACAAGCUAAAAGACAGAUUUAGAUCUAACGGGCACUGGGGAAAGAAACUACAGGCGUCUACACAAUGCUACUUCACCAAGGCCCAGGUACUAACUCUUGAGAGGUACAUAAUCGCAACCUCCUCCACCAUUUCCAUUUUUUCUUGUCAGAAACUCUUGCCUCUGCGCUGCCCUCUUGUGGCUGUAUUGCUUCAACAACCAUGCCAACGUAAAGGAUGCAUGGAAGCAGGCCUAAGUGGGCAGUGAUGGCUACAUCCUUUGAAAUACUCUUUUUCUACAUAAAGGCAGCAUAAAUGAGCCUUAAGGGCACAUUCAAUUUAUAGCCUCUUUGUGUCUCAUUAUGGGAUCCAGGGUUUCUAAACAGAGCUGAAACUCAUCGAAUUGAAGGAUUAUUGAAAUCAUCUUUUUUCACAGUUUUCAGGUACUUGUGAGGAACAAUUUUCAACUUAAGAUUGUUAUGGUCUCGUUGACAAUCAUGUUAGCCAGCAUCCAUCAGCCCAUUUGCAAAGCGCCCAACUCACAGUUACAAUGAAGAAUUAGAGACUGAGCACAUGUGCGGUGUAUUAAAAUGCAGGGAGUCUGAGGUGACAUCACAGACACACCGAAUGAGAUGCCAUCACCCAUUUAUGUCAAACAUUCUCCUCCAAACCCAUUCACCUUAAGGAGGAUGUGCAGCUGUGCUCAGCAGCACUGAACCACUGCCAACGCACUCACCAGGUAACUGCCAAUGGGAACCAGACUCAACUAUCUGGUACAGACUAUUGUAAAAACAAAAAAUGGGACUCACUCUUACUGGUUGCACUUAGAGACGAAGGGGUCGGAAGAAUUAUGUAGUGAUAACUGAAUGUGGAAACAAGUGUAUCUGUUUAUGUGAAUGAAAAUAUUGCUUGUUUUACUUCAAAUGGUAGACACACUGGUGACUUUGGUUUAUGCAUUUAACCUUAUAUCUGUGUAUGUCGUCACGAUCCGAGCGCAGCACUCAGUGAGUUUUAUAUUACUGUAAAAGAACAAAGCUUGUGUGUGAAUGUUUGGGUGAGCAAGUGUGUGUGUUUGGGUGUGUGUGUGGGGGGAGAGCAGCACUUGCAUCCUACUAUGUUAAAGCGUGCGUGAUUAUGUUAUUGAUUUCUCAUUCCAUGAAUAAUUCUGACACGAGCAGUCUGGGCCAAUUCAACAGGAGAUACAACUUUUUUUUCCAUGUCUUAAUUUUAUCAUAACUUGCAUCAAGUUUUUGCGUUGCAAUGUGUCAGCUUUCCACAUGUAGAUAUUUCUGUUGUAUUCUGUAAGUAACGGCUUGAAUUGAGCAUAGAUGGGUUGAGGUCAGAGUGAGUGAGAGCUUGGCCUCAUGCAUUAGGGAGGGUGAAAAUGGUUUUGUGUGACAUGAGACCAUUUACAGUUUUCACUCUUUUUCUUUCUUUUAUUUGCUGUGAAAUUUUACUAUUUAUUAAUUAUUUUUUCAAAUUUGCUCAUUGUUUAGCUUAUCAGGUAUCAAAAGGAGAUUAUUUAACUUGUGACUGAGCUCUCGUGACACCUGUCUCGUUUCUGUCUCUGACUGUUCAUGCACCUUUUCUGUAUUUUUUUUUAUAUAAAAAAAGGCACACACUUAAAUGGGAUUUAUCAUUUGAAACUAAUUCCUGCUUCUAAUUUAGGACAACAUCCAGUGUGUGAUGACAGCCUGUUGGUAAGCUGUCGUUCCUAAAUUAGACGUCUCCUGAAACUGACACAUUCUUUGUUAAGAGUGUAGUAAAAACACAAGUGUAAUUUGGAGCAUUCUGAGCCAGCAUGGACAGAUAAUUGACACAGGGUGUGAACUGAACAUGCAGUAGGAUAUACAGUAUAUGAUAUGGUAUAAUAUGACAUUCUGGUUAAUGUUGAAGCUACAUGAUAAGCAUGAAAGGCUGUUAAAAUGGUUUACUCUACAGUAUAAUAUUGCAAAAUAUUUUGUAUUUUAAAUGAAGUAAAAAAAGAAUAAAAUAAAUGUUGGUUUCAGGAUUUCAAACUGGGCCCUGUCCUUUAUGACCAUCCAAGCAGUGCUACAUGC